CGGUCUUUGAACAUGCCGCGCACCGGAAGCGCCCUGUUCUCCGGGUUCCGGGUUCUGGGUCUCUACUCCAACCACGUGCCGCACGCGCUCCGGUACCACCAGAAGCACCGGGAAUUCUACGUGGUGACGUCAGUGGGCAAAAGCUUCCACACGUUUAACGUGAGCCGCCUGGGGAUCGUUUCUGUCAGUAACAGCCUGCCCGAUGACAUCACGUGCCUGGCGGCGGAUCGGAUGUUGGUGUUUGCUGCAAGCGGAACGACUGUCUGUGCCUUCGCCAAAGAGGUGGUGAUGCGUUACCAUGGACACAAACAGGAAGUGCAGCUGCUGCUGCCUGGUGACCAUCUGGUCUCUGUCGACAGCGGUGGUGAUGUCAUCGUGUGGGACGUUCAGGGAGGAGACAUCUACCUGCGGCUGAACUUUGACCCCGGGGCCUUCGACGUGUCGGCCAUGAUGCACCCGAGCACGUACCUGAACAAGGUGCUGCUGGGCAGCCGCCAGGGGGGCGUGCAGCUGUGGAACGUCAGGACCAGUAAACUGCUGUUCACGUUUCCUGGCUGGUCGGCGGCGGUCACCGUCCUGCAGCAGAGUCCAGCGGUGGACGUGGUGGGCAUCGGCACGGCAACCGGACGCAUCAUCAUCCACAACAUCCGUCUGGAUGAGACGCUGAUGAGCUUCAUGCAGGACUGACCAAUCAGCACGCUGGCUUUCAGGACAGAUGGGCCUCCCGUCAUGGCGUCCGGCAGUCCACAGGGACACAUUGCAUUGUGGGACUUGGCGCGUCAGCAGCUGAUCGCCCAGCAGAGACACGCCCACCGAACAGCUGUUGCCGCGGCGACGUUCCUUCAUGGAGAGCCGCUGCUGGUCACCAACGGCGCCGACAACGCUAUUAAGGUCUGGAUAUUUGACCAGGAGGGGGGCGGGGCCAGACUCCUCAGGUGCCGACAGGGCCACAGCGCUCCGCCCACCACCAUCCAUCACCAUGGCAACGAUGGGAAGAACAUCCUCAGCGCAGGUCAGGACGGCUCCCUGCAGUCCUUCUCCACCGUCCAUGAGCGUUUCAACAAGAACAUGGGUCACGGAUCCAUCAGCAAGAAGAAAGAGAAGAAGAAGAAGAAAAAAGGGUUGACUUUUGAGGAGCUGCGACUUCCUGCUAUCACAACGCUAGCUUCAGCUGUGGCUCGCCAGUCAGACUGGGACGGCGUCGUGGCGCUCCACCGCGGCCGCCUCGCCGCCUCCACGUGGAACUACCACAGGUGCACCAUGGGAGCUCACCACCUGAAGCCGCCUGCUCCGGGGAGGAAUGCUGUUGCCACGGCUGUUGACAUCACUUCCUGUGGGAACUUCGCUGUGAUUGGCUCGUCCUGUGGACAUGUGGACGUCUACAACCUGCAGUCUGGUCUGCACCGUGGUUGCUAUGGCGACGAGGAGAAAGGUGAGCCCUGAUUGGCUCUGGGCGUGGUGCGAGGCGUCGCCACGGAUACUCUCAACCAGCUGACCGUCAGCUGCGGCUCUGAUUGGCUGCUGAAGUUCUGGCGAUUUAAGACGAGAAAACAGGAAGCGGUUCUGAAGCAGCGCGCACCGGCGAGCCUGAGGCUUCACAGAGAGAGUGGGAUGGUCGCCAUGGCGCUGGACAACUUCACGCUGGUGGUGGCGGACAUCGAAACCAGACGGAUCGUCAGGAAAUUCGCUGGUCACCAUGGCAACAUCACUGACAUGACCUUCAGCCCAGACGGCCGCUGGCUGGUUACCACGGCGAUGGACCGCACCAUCAGGACCUGGGACCUCCCCUCUGGCAGUCUGGUCGACUGCUUCCUGGUUGCUAUGGCGCCGGUUGGCGUUUCCAUGUCGCCGACCGGAGACUUCCUGGCAACAGCACAUGUGGACAGUCUGGGCGUUUACCUCUGGACCAAUAGGAGCCUGUGUGGGCCGGUGGGGCUCCGCCCCCUCCCAGCUGACUACCAACCAGAGGAGGAGACGCUGCCCAGUGCCGCUGCCGCCCUGAUGGAACAGGAAGUGACCUCAGAGGAGUCUGAAGACGGGUUCCAGUCGGCUGAGCAGCUGGGGGCGGAGCUUGUGACGCUGUCGCUAAUGCCCGAGUCUCGGUGGAAAAGUCUGCUGCACCUGGACGCCAUCAAGAGGAGGAACAGACCGCUGGCGCCCCCUGCUGCUCCGCCCACUGCCCCCUUCUUCCUGCCAACACUUCCUGGUCUGACGCCUCAGUUCGCGUUGCCCUCGACAACAAAGGAGGACUCACAGUCCAAGGUGCUGCCAUGGGGUUCACUGGCUCAGAGGUCAGAGUUCGCAGCAGCUCUGGAGUCGGCCCUGGACUCCGGAUCGUUCGAUCAGCCUCUGAGGCUCCUGAAGGAUUGUGGGCCUGCAGGCGUUUCUGUGGAGCUCACCUGUCUGACGUCAGAAGGGGGCGGAGCCAACAGCCUCCUGCUCGCCUUCAUCCAGAUGAUUGACAGCAUGCUGGCCGGUGGGCGGGACUUCGACCUGGCUCACGCUUACCUGGCUCUCUUCUUGAAGCUCCAUCUGCGCACGUUGUCGCAGGAUGCUGUUGCCAUGGAGACGUUGCUCCGCCUCUCCUCCAGACUGGAGUCUGGGUGGGCGGAGCUUCAAGCAUCGUUCAACCAAUCACUGUGUCUGCUGUCGUACACAAAGAGUGCACUGCUGUGACACACAUAAAAUAAAGUGUUUCCUGGUUCUGUU